AUGGAUAUCCCCAUCAAAAAUAAAUCACCUGGGCCUGUUGUGAUCAACAGACAGGAUCGAUGGCCACCCCCAACAAACCGACCUUUAUACCCUGUGCGACCAGGUCUUUUGGAGGAGCCAUCCAAUAUUAAUACUGGAGGGAAUAAGGCAUCCAAUGUACCGCAAGAAUUUAAGGCAUCCACUUCGCUGCCGCAAAGACCUGGGAUCAGCCGCGGUAUCGGGCGACUUGCGGGAAGUCACCCAGUACUUUUUCAACCAGGACCACAGAAUUAUCCCAGGAGAAAAUUAGCGACAAGCGUGCAACAUCAGAAUACGAACCUCAAGUCUCUUCUUCUCAACACAGUUUCCGACUUUGAGUCUUCGACGCUAAACUCUACCAGAGCCACCACAGCUGCCACAGAUAGCGGUAUUUUUGAGCAGUGGCGAUCAGAGGAGUACAGAAGUGUCGAAAAAAAUAUGGAAAAUACAAAUUUUCAAAACGGCUCGGAUUCAGAUUCAGACGGGGGCGUUACUCUGGCUGUACAGGCUGCUUUUUUGCAACAACCAGGCACCGCAGGCCUUUCUCUCCGGUCCGUGGCCCCAAAGCCCAACAUAGAACCCCAGAAGCAGGAGAAAUCACUACCUAGAGAACAUGAAUUGAGACAGCAGGAGUUGGAGAUCAAAAAGGCCGUUAGGAGACCAUCCUUAAGACCACAGCCCUCGUUAUCUUCUCACAUAGCAGCAAUACUACAAACUCCAGGCAGUGUGAACUUUAUGUCUACGCGUCGUAGAAGCUCAGUUACAACCGCCACUGCACCUAGUCCAAACUUCUCUAGCUCGGCUAGCUCGUCCACGACUUUUACUCCCGUUGAGCUCGAAAAAAACGAAGAUAAACCCCUUGGUGAGCCUUCUGGGAAGCAGUCAAGCCCUAUUGAAGCUCCAUAUAAUCUGCCAAAUUCUAUUUUCACUUCAAGGGAAUUGGUCGAAGAUAAAUUGCCCGGCAGAUUCACCGACCAUGAUAACGAUCUAUACUGGAAUACACCGAGUACACAACCGGUACAGCUCAGCAAACCUCCACAGAAACCUCUACAAACCCCUUUACAAAAUUCUCUACAGUGCCUCCAAUACAAGCCCCCCGUACCGGUAUCUAUUACAAAGCAAAGGGAUCAUAGAUCAUCAUCAAUAACAACGCCGCGGAGGUUCCGGGAACUGAAAGACGGUGACAUUGUCGGAGAGGAGGCACCGGAGAUUCCCAAGGAGAAUAAGGGUCGACGCAUGAUGGAGAAGAUGGGAUAUAGGGAGGGCACUCCACUUGGUACCAGCGGUGAUGGGAAUCUGGAGCCUGUCAAGGUUGAAGUUAGGGUUGGGAAUCGUGGGUUGGGCUUGUCGAAGGAGGACUUGGCAAACAGGGCACGGGAAGAGCAAGCAAUUAGAGUUGAAAGGGCAAGGAAUAUAGAACAAGAACUGCUAGCCAGAGUGGCCCAAACAGAGAGGGUGGCCCGGAUGCACAGGGCGAGCUUAGAUGCCGCAGUCCAGAAUCAUGCGUUUCACCAACAAUAUCAACCUAACCAAGUAAUCCUGGGCCCAUUAGAUCAUACAGCAUUCGCUCAACAAGGACGGCUUGAAGAUUCUACUAUCCCAGGACCUGCGCAAAUCGUGAAAUACACCAUGGCCACGCCUUGGGAAAUUCAUAAAAUUCGGGAGCGGGUUACUCAGAUUCUCGGCGAUCUCGAUGCAUGUGGGAGUCUUAGCCCCGUGGAGAGUGCAUCCGUCCUUUGGUCAAGUAUCAACUGCGCAGCAGCGGAUCUACAACAAUCACGAUUUGGGUUCCUGGUAGAUGCCGAGUUGACUGAAAUAGUUAGGAGGGGAUAUAUGGGAAUAAUCAUUCAAAGAGAGCAGACCGGGGGUGGGUGGUGA